AUGUGGCAACUUUUUUGGCUUGCUGCUGGUGCCACAUCUAAAUUCACAUUCAAAAAGGCAAUGCAGCAAAUUGAGAAGGCCAAUCCUGCUGCUAGGAUUUGGUUGGCAAACCUUGGAGAGCAAAAGAGAUGGACCAAGCAUCAGUUUGAUACAUCAAUUAAGUCAGAUGUGAAUAAGACUAAUUUUGUAGAGUCUUUCAACUCCACUCUGGGAAUUGAUAGGUGCAGGCCUGUCUUAACAUUGCUUGAAGGAAUCAAGAGAGUUACAAUGGUCAGAAUGGCCACAAGAAGGGAAAUAUGUGAGAAAUGGGAGAGGUCAGAUAUAUGUCCUAAUAUUGUGGAGAGGGUGCAAGCUCUUUGUCUGGAGUCAAGGGCAUGUAGGGCCUAUCUGUCAAGCCAGGGAGAGUAUGAAAUUGUUGAUGGGAAAUCAACUCUCCCUGUUAGCUUGAACAAUCACACAUGUGUAUGCAAUGCUUGGCAGCUAAAUGGUAUCCCAUGCAGGCAUGGAAUGAGAGCCAUUUUGAUGGCUGGCCUUGACCCACACAAAUUUGUACAUGAGUGGUAUUCUGUGAAGAGGUACAAAAUGGCAUAUGCACAUGGAAUCAAAUCCAUCCCUGACAAGGAUCAAUGGCCUGAAACUAACCUUCCCACUAUUCACCCACCUGUUCUGAGAAGGGGUGUUGGAAGGCCUGUGAGGAACAGAAGAAGAGGUGAAGAAGAACAGAGGAAAGGAAAAAGGAGUACUUCAAUGAGGUGUGGAAAUUGUGGUGAUUUUGGCCACAACAAGUUAACUUGUCAAGAGAGCAGCAACAAAGAAGCAGAAGAAAUUGAAGGAAGCUGCUGUUGCAAGUACAAGUGCUGCUGGGCAGACUAA